GGGGAAGCUGUCCGUGUGUCAGUGAGGCUUGUGCGGGGGAACCGGGAAGUUUAGCGGCUGCCGGGGGAUUAUUGGGGCUCCUUCUCCGCUCACUGCGCCAAUGGAUGGAAUGCUGGCUGUGUGGGCUUGGGUACUGACUGCCAGAGCAGUGCUCGGAUUGGGGACAGACCCCGACCUACAGAUCGACGUAAUAACGGAACUGGAACUGGUCAAUUCAACGAGAGGCGUGACGCAAGUAUUCGGGGUGCACAAUGGGAGCAAAGCGUUUUUAUUCCAAGACGGGGCGCGAGAGAUCCACGCGGCGCCGCACAUGAGCGAGAAAGUCAUCCAGUUGUUCAGGAACAAAAGCGAAUUCACUUUCUUGGCCUCCAUCCAGCAACGCUCCUCCACGUCGGGGGUCAUCCUCUCCAUCCGCGAGAUGGAGCACAGUUUCUUCGAGCUGGAGAGCAGCGGCCUGCGGGAUGAAAUCCGAUAUCAUUACCGCUUCAACGGGAAGUCGAGGACGGAGGCCUUUCCCUACCGCCUUGCCGACGGGCAGUGGCACAAAAUCGCCCUCACCGUCAGCGCCUCCCACGUUCUGCUGCAUGUGGACUGCAAUAGGAUUUACGAACGUGUAAUAGACCCGCCGGACGCCAAUCUCUCGCCGGGAAGCAGCCUGUGGCUCGGACAGCGCAACCGCAAGCACGGAUUCUUUAAGGGAGUCAUUCAAGAUGUAAAAAUGAUCUUCAUGCCCAAUGGAUACAUCACUCAGUGCCCGAACUUAAAUCGCACUUGCCCAACCUGCAGCGAUUUCCUGAGUCUCGUGCAAGGAAUUAUGGAUCUACAGGAGCUGCUGGCGAAAAUGACAGCAAAAUUGAACUAUGCAAGUAAACCUCGCAUUUCUCUGACUAGCCAACGUGGAGAACUGCACAUUUUCGUGAAACCGACCGGAAUGCUAGAACGUCUCACAGGCGUGAGCGAUGGGAUAUCUGGUGCCAGCAGUAGCAGCUUCAGGCUGAAUCACUUGAGCACAGGUGCAGAUGAGGAAACCAUUGAGGGAAACCCAACUGUAGCCAGUUUACAUCAUAUAGACUAUCCACCAAGUGAGGAGAUGGGGAUGAAUGGAUAUUCGGAGUUGUUAUCAGAGGCGAAGGACCAUAGACCAACCGAAGCAACCAAGUGUAUCUAUGGAGGGAAAGUGCUGGCGGAAGGAGACCGGAUCCUCACCAAAAGCUGCCGAGAAUGCAAAAACGGAUCUUUACAAAAGCUGAUGGACCCUUGCCCGCCCCUCAACUGCUCCGAAGCCGACCGGGUUUUGCCAGAAAAUCAGUGCUGCAGUGUUUGCAGAGGGCAUAACUUCUGUGCCGACGGACACAGGUGCGGUGAGAACUCGGAAUGUAGGAACCAUAACAACAAAGCUACGUGUGAGUGUCUCAGUGGCUUUCAACCCAUCCAAGGGGAUCCGGCCUACUGUGAGGAUAUUGAUGAAUGUGCAGCCAAGAUGCAUUACUGUCACGCCAAUACGGUCUGCGUCAAUUUACCGGGAUCUUACCGGUGUGAUUGUGUGCCAGGAUACAUCCGAGUCGAUGAUUUCUCCUGCACAGAACAUGAUGAAUGCGGCGAAGGUGAGAGCAGCUGUGACGAGAAUGCCAUCUGCGCCAACUCCGUGCGAGGGCACAGCUGCACCUGUAAGCCGGGGUAUGUCGGGAACGGCACCGUCUGCCGGGCUUUUUGCGAGGAAGGGUGUCGGUACGGCGGGACCUGUGUGGCCCCCAACAAAUGUCUCUGCCCCUCCGGAUUCACCGGGAGCCACUGUGAAAAAGAUAUUGAUGAGUGUGCAGAAGGGAUCAUUGAGUGUCACAACCAUUCUCGCUGUGUUAACCUCCCGGGCUGGUUCCACUGUGAGUGCCGGAGCGGUUUCCAUGACAAUGGGACAUACUCCAUUUCUGGGGAGUCCUGUGUUGACAUUGAUGAAUGCGCCUUAAGAACUCACACUUGUUGGAACGACUCGGCUUGCGUCAAUCUCGAGGGCGGCUUCGAUUGCCUUUGCCCUUCCGGACCCUCCUGCACAGGGGACUGCCCCCACGAGGGGGGACUCAAGCGCAAUGGGCAGGUCUGGACACUGAAAGAGGAUCGGUGCUCAGUCUGUUCAUGCAAGGAUGGGAAAAUAUUCUGCCGAAGAACCGCCUGCGACUGCCAGAAUCCCAGCGUCGAUCUGUUCUGCUGCCCCGAGUGCGACACGAGAGUCACUAGCCAAUGCCUGGAUCAGACUGGCCACAAGGUGUAUCAUAGCGGGGACAACUGGACCUACAGCUGCCAGCAGUGCCGCUGCCUGGAGGGAGAAGUCGACUGUUGGCCGCUGACCUGCCCCAUUCUGACCUGCGAGUACACGACCAUCUCAGAAGGCGAGUGCUGCCCUCACUGCGUCGAUGACCCCUGUAUAGCAGACGGGGACCCCUAUGACAUCAGGAAAACCUGUCAGGACCCUCAAGGAAUUACACGGCUGGGGGGCUCAGUAUGGACGAUGGUCGGGUCGCCGUGUACCACCUGUAAAUGCAAGAACGGAAGUGUUUGCUGCUCAGUGGAUUUGGACUGUCUUCACAAUAACUAAAGUUCUAACCCAGUGGACUCUCUAAUGGAGAGGAAGUCUAAUGCAGUCCCCCAUCUACAGCAGAGUCUCCGUCCGCAGCUCUGUUUCCUACAACAGACAAUUACCAAAGUCUUUACCAAGAGGAAGAUGUUUGGGAGUUUCUUGUGGACCUUCGUCUAUGAUCACACCCUCGGCCCUCGCCUGGGCGCCACACAUACAAGGCCGACGGCUCGUUCUGAGCAACCUGGGGGGCCGCCAUGCAUCUCUAGCUCCCUCCAAUGGCGAUUGUUUGCUCAUUCUCAGUGUUGUGAACCACUUUUAUUCUCGUUACACUUUUAUUUUCUUUAUUGUAGACCUUUGAAUUUUUCCCCCAACCCGUCCACCACCACCACCAUUUUUUGUAUGGCAUCCACCACCAUUUUUUUAAAACUUGGGUUCCAGAAUUUACCGAAUAGUCGGAUCUCAUCCAUUGCAAUCUACUAAGGCCCCCCCUGUCUGAUGUAUUUAUGAAAAUAUGUAUGUAUGUACAGUCUAAUUGCAUAGUAAUUAUAUUUCAUAGCUAUGGAACAUUGUACAAUUCAGCCCAAACCUGUCUCUCGAGAAGAAACAUCACGAGCUGCUUCUUCAUCCCAAAGGGAACCUUAUUGGACAAUUUCCGGAUCACAUGGUCCACAUUGCUUUGCUUCAGGACCUUCAUGGAUCAUGUUGGGAAAUGAUAAAGUCCUUCCUCCUUUCCCCACAAUAGAACAAUAGAGACUUUGAAGGACUUACCUGGUGCACGUGGCCGAGACGUCCAGAGCGUCGCUGCGAGACCUCCGGGGAUGCAACAGAGAUACGACAUGCUGUGCUAUUGCCCAUCGUUAUUUAUCCAUUUAUUGAGGAAAAUUUUCACGGGGGUUGUUAUUUUUAAACAAAAAAAUAGAGAGUGGAAAAGUGAUGACUGUAAGUACGGAAGCGCCAGAGCGGCAUUACUGGCGGGAUUCUUUUCAGUUUACUUUUUAAUCGAUCACAAUAAAAGCCUUUUACCAUCA